UUCUUCGUUAAUUAUGAUUCAAUCAUUUAACUCCUCUUUCAACUUUUGAUCCAUCACUUGGCGCAAAUCGUCGAACACUUGCGCGCCAAGCAACGGAUCGUGGAUCGACGAGGUCUUCUCCUACUCGUCGUCGACGGCGAUGGCUAGGUCCCAGAAAUUCCUGAAGAGCCUCAUCGAGCACUUCUUCGACGGAACUGAAGCAGAGGGGAAGGAGAAGGAGAAGGAGAGGGAGAGGGAGGAGGAGGACCUGGAGGCGAUCGCGUCCAAGGAGCGGAGGGUCUUCCGGUACGAGGUGCUGGUGGCGGCCACCCGCAAGUUUAGCCCUAAGAAUAAACUCGGCGAGGGCGGAUUCGGGCCCGUCUUCAGGGGGCGGCUGGAGGAUGGACGGGAGGUGGCGGUCAAGCGGCUGGGGCAGGCGUCGCGGCAGGGGACGAGGGAGUUCAUGAACGAGGCGAUGCUGCUAGCGAAGGUGCAGCACAAGAACCUGGUGAACCUCUACGGCUACUGCGCCCGCGGCAACGACAAGCUUCUCGUCUACGAGUACGUGUGCAACGAGAGCCUCGACAAGAUCCUCUUCUCCAGAGAGCCGAAUGAUGGGAAGAAGGCGCUGUUGGACUGGAGUCGGCGGUUUCAGGUGAUCGCCGGGGUGGCCCGAGGGCUGAUGUACCUGCACGAGGAUGCGCACACCACUAUCAUCCACCGCGAUAUCAAGGCCAGCAACAUCCUGCUGGACGAGGAGUGGGCCCCCAAGAUCGCCGACUUCGGAAUGGCCCGCCUCUUCCCGGCGGAGCAGACCCAGGUGAAGACCCGCGUCGUGGGCACCAACGGCUACAUGGCCCCUGAGUACGUCAUGCACGGCUCUCUCUCCACCAAGGUCGACGUCUUCAGCUUCGGCGUCGUCCUCCUCGAGCUCAUCUCCGGCCGCAAGAACGCCUCCUUCGCCCACCUCCCUGAACCCCACGCCAGAAGCCUUCUCGAAUGGGCCUGGCGGCUACACAGGAAUGGGCGGAGCCUGGAGCUGCUGGAUCCGUCGCUGAAAUCGGCCGCCUUCGACGGCGCGGAGCAAGUGGAGCUGUGCGUCCAUCUCGGGCUUCUCUGCGUCCAGUGCGACCCCAAGCUGCGGCCGGCCAUGAACCGCGUGGUGCUCGUCUUGACCAAGAGGCCGAGAGUGUUGGAAGAUCCCACAAGGCCGGGGAUGCUUUUUCCAAGGCAUCGGAGACACCGAGGUGAGGCGGCGGCAUGCUCCUCCAGCCCCAACCCUUCGUCGGCAGAAUCUUCUGCCACCGCCUGCGCGACCCCCAAUAGAUUGUCUUUGCAUAAGCAACCGCACACUGUGCAACUGUAAAGCCUGUAAAGUCUGCUUCCUCCCAUUUGUAAAAUUUUGCCAACAUUUGAAUAAAAUGAAUAAGAAAAAGUGAUU